AUGGCCAGCAAGCCAUUAGCUCCGGCUAAUGGUCUUCCCCCUCUUCUCAGUCCGAGAGGGAGGGAAGGUGGGGGGAAUGUGAGUGGUUCGGGUGAGGGUGGUGUUGGAGCGGCUGCCCUUGGUGAUUUGGGGGGUGGUGAGUGGCCUGUUCUUGGUGGUUCUGUAGGUGGUGCUGAUGUUUUGGGCUUGGAUGAUUCGGUGGUGCAAGGUGAAGGCAAUGGUGGUAGGCUGCUGCAUGUUGGAGGUCCUUCGGCUGUGGGGGAAAAUAUUCUUGUUUUGGAUGAUCCGUUGGAGGAGGGUGCUGGUUCUGGAGUUCUUUUACAGCAGCAGGAAGGUUCUUCAAUUGGUGCAUAUGAGAAGACAAGGAAGAAUGUUGGUGUUCCAUGGUCAGCCCUCUUUUCCUCUUCUUCUCCUUCGAUGUAUGGAGAUGGGCUGAAACUGUCUUAUAUUGAACCUGAAGAGAUUGAUGGUGCUUUGGCUGCGAAAUGCCCGGAUUCGAUGAUUAAGAAAGGUCUUGAGAAGUGGAAGAACACCCUUAUGGGUCAUUUUAUCGGGGGCAGACCUAGCUUCACCUUUGCUCGUGAUAUGCUGUUAAAACAAUGGAGAAUUUCAGGCCAUGUGGAUAGGAGACCAUUGAUUUUGCGCCCUUGGAGUCCGAAGGUGUGCUUGGAAAGAGUUGAUUUAUUCUCAGUACCGGUUUGGGUGUCCCUUCCAAAUCUUCCGUUUCAUUACUGGUCUGCUGAUGCGUUGAGUUCGAUUGGGAGUGUGAUUGGGAAGCCUAUUGUCACUGAUAAAAUGACCCGGUCUAUGGAGAGGCUAUCUUAUGCCCGAUUAUGUGUGGAAGUUUCUGCAGAUAGGGAUCUUCCCUCUUUUGUUCCAGUCUAUGGAGAUGACGGUCUUGUUUUUUAUCAAAAAGUUGUUUAUGAUUGGAAGCCCCCUCUUUGUAAGCAUUGUAGAGUUUUUGGCCAUCUCUUAGAUAAUUGUUUGUUUGGCAAACAAGACUCAAAUAUGAAUAAGUCACGGUCUAAGAAGGAAUGGCGAGUGAAAGGUGUUGCCGGAAAUAAUGGAGGUGCCAUGGGUGGCGGCAAUGGAGACGGGCAGCAGGUUCAUAAUGAUGAAGUAGGAGAUGAACAGCCGGAUAGUGGAGCUGGUGCAAAUACAAAGGGAUUGGAUUCGGUUUCCUUAAUUUCUAUCAAGAAUAAAGGGAAUGGGAGUUUCAAAUCUGCAGGGAAUCAUCCGAAGAUCAAGGAGCUGUCUCAAUCUAAUCCUUUUGCCAUUUUGGAAGAUCUUACGGAGGAGGUGCAUUAUGAUCCUGAAGAUUUAAUGCUGGAUUCGGAAUCAUGUGCUAUUUUAUUAGGGAAUGAAUUACUUGAGGGAGCAGAUUUUGAGGAGGAUAUUCAACCCAAUCCGUUAGCAAUUAUUCCUAAGGAGAAAGAUGGAGUCAUUGGAGAGUUUUGUGGGGAGAAUCCAAUCUAUAAUGGUAACCAUGUUAGUGUGGAGUGGCUAAGGAAUGGUGCGGCCCAUAUGGAAGGAGAUAACUUAUUGGAGGAUUCUAUUCUAUCAAAUGAGAAGGAGUCAGCCCCUAUGAAAUCUCUCACUAAUUUUGAUAAACUUAGAAAGCAAUCUAUUGAGAUUCGUGCAGCUCAAGGGCAACUGGGGAAAGGUUGGGACCCGAAUUUUUAUGAUGUGGUUUUGGUGCAAAAAUCCAAACAGUUCAUACAUGCUAAGGUGUCAAUUGUGGGUACCUCGGUGUUUUUCUUUUGUACUGUUGUUUAUGCUCUUAAUUCUGUGGUGGCUAGGAAGGAAUUGUGGGAGGAUGUUGGGGCUAUUGCUAGUGCCAUUAUUAACCCUUGGGCUGUACUAGGGGAUUUUAAUGUGAUUCGAAGUAACAAUGAAAAAAUUGGAGGGGACCCUGUUCGGAUUGAAGCUAUGGAUGAUUUUAAUUCGUUUAUAGAUGGUGCUGGGCUUCUAGACUUGAAAUGGAAAGGGGAGGCUUUGACCUGGAAUAAUAGACAAGUGGGAGAUGCAAGAAUUUGUUGCAAGCUUGAUAGGGUUCUGGUCAAUUUAGCUUGGAUGGAUGUGUUUAGAUCCUUUGAUGCAAUCUUUUACCCUCCUGGGCUUUCUGAUCAUUCUCCAAUGGUGGUGGCUGUGGGGUGGGAGCAGCCUGUGAAUUUGGCUCUUAAUCCCAUUCUUAAGUUUGCGGCCAGAUUGAGGAAUGUCAAAAAAGGGUUGAGGAGCUGGAAUAAGGAGUGUGUGGGGGAUGUUUUUCUUGUAGUAAAGGAGGCUGAGGCUGAUUUGUUUCAGAUCCAGAGGCAGCUUAGUGAGCACCCUGAUGAACCGAAUUUGGUGCUGAUGGAGAAACAGGCUAAAAAGAAACUUUGGGAGGCUUUGGCUACUGAAGAGAAAUUUUUGAAAGAAAAGUCAAGGGUGAAACACAUUCAGUUGGGGGAUGGAGCAGACUUGAUGGAUGGAAGGCUCGGCUCUUAUCUUUGCAGGAGGCUUCAUGUUGAUCUCGAUCCUUCAGGGGUGUUAUAUCUAUUGGUCAGACUCUUUGGUUUGCCUGGUGCUCUCAAGACAAAGUGA